UCCCAAGUGUGGCGUCGUGUGGUACGUUGUUUUAUUUUCGAUACCUGGUAAUAGGAAAGUAAACCGAGGAGUAAACAGAAGCAUCAUGGCAACACCAAUUGUGAUAGCAAAUGCGGUGAUCACUGUUUUGUUAACUUUGAUGGUGCUUAACCAUUUUCAGUUAGUGGAAUAUGAUCCUAUUGAAAUGGUUGUCAAUGAGUUUCAACGGCGUGUUUAUUAUUCGCAAAUCGAUGGCACUGUGAUGGCUCCAUCAGAAACUUUUAUGACCGUGCCAGAAAUUAUUCGAAGCCGUGGUUACCCUCUGGAAAUUCAUCAUGUGGUCACGGAAGAUGGUUACAUCCUUGAGCUACACCGAAUCCCGAAAUCGAUUAACGAGGCUGCCACUACCUCAGAAAAUAUAAAAAAGAAAGCCGUAUUCUUACAGCAUGGCAUCUUUGCAACCGAUUUCGUCUGGGCUUCCGGUCCGACCAAUAGCUCAUUAGCUUAUAUCCUGGCGGAUCAUGGCUAUGAUGUCUGGAUGGGGAACUCACGAGGCAACACUUACUCCAGGAAACACAAAACACUAGAUCCUGAUUCAGAAAAAUUUUGGGAUUUCACAUGGGAAGAACUUGGUCAAUACGAUUUACCGGCUUGUAUUGACUAUGUUCUGAAAACAACCGGGCAAGAAAAGGUCUCAUAUGUUGGGUAUUCGCUCGGCUGUGCCAUUUUCUUCGUUGGCGCUAAUCUGAAGCCGGAUUUGAAUGACAAAAUCGACGUUAUGAUUGGACUAGCCCCGACAUCCACCGUUCAAGUUUUAAAUAACGUUUUUAAACUUAUUGCACCAUUAAGCAACCCACUUAGAUACGUCUUGCGGUGGACAAGAACAGGAUUAUUUCUUCCUAGUGAUGGAAUCUCCAGCCGCCUUCUACGAUUUAUUUGCAAUUCUAGCCAAAUCGGAAGCGCCACUUGCCAAACUAUUAAUUUCUACAUUUUCGGGUAUUCGGAAACGACCAAUACGUCUUUAGUACACGUCCUAUGUGGACACUAUCCUGCGGGCGGGUCUCCCAAGACAAUGCUUCAGUUCUUUGACAACUACAAUUCAGGUGGAAAUUUCACGCGUUUCGAUUAUGGUGAAACCGAAAAUUUGGAACGUUAUGGAACAGUCGAAGCUCCCAAAUAUCAAAUGGAACUAGUCACUGCCCCGGUUUACCUGAUUUGGUCGAAAACUGAUCCAGUUUCAACCCCUCAGGAUAUUGAAUGGCUGGCAACGCGUUUGGGCAAUUUAAAAGGUUCAGUAAAAGUAGACGCUUCAGUAUUUAGUCACGGCGAUUUCUUCAUGUCAACUCAAGUUUCGAAGCUGGUAUACCAGCCAUUGCUCAAGAUGCUGCCUCCUCCUUUUUAAAGGCCGCCAUUCAUAGAAGUAAAGAUCGGAAAGAAGCUGCACAAGAAACAUACGUUUGUCAGCAGUGACGUUUUCCGACUUGUAAAACAAUCACCAGAGGCAUUACUAUUUACGUUGAAACGAAUUUAAUACUGUUUGAUCCCAUCAGUUAUUCAGAAAUGAUGGAUGAGUUUAUUAUUAUUUGACAUACAUCGCCGGUUUGAAAAAAUAAUAAAGUCCUACAAAGGUG